GCUUCUUAGGGACGCUGCCUAGUUCCCCGUCCGGGUAGGGCGGAAGCAGGUGGUGUCAGGAGGGCGUAUACUUCCGCUACCUGCGUCUUCCCAAAGAUGGCGGCCCCCGUGUCAGUGCAGGUGGAGUUCGGAGGUGGGGCAGAGCUCUUAUUUGAUGGUGUAAAGAAGCACCAGGUGACCUUACCCAGUCAAGAGGAGCCUUGGGAUAUCCGAAACCUUCUUAUCUGGAUAAGGAAGAACCUACUGAAAGAGCGGCCAGAGUUAUUCAUCCAGGGAGAUAGCGUGCGGCCAGGGAUUCUGGUUCUCAUCAAUGAUGCUGACUGGGAGCUGCAGGGUGAAUUGGACUACCAAUUACAGGACCAGGACAGCAUCCUCUUCAUCUCCACACUACAUGGUGGUUAGAGCAUCUGUCUUCCUCUGUCCUUCAGUUCCUCCACCUCCCAGGGACCUUCAGGGCAGAAAACAUCCCAAUUGGGGAACAAAAGAGACAGAAAUCCUCCCCCUCCCCCUUCCCCCACAGCCGGAGCAUGUGGGACACCAGGCCUCCCAUGACUUUGUCUUCAUGGGGAAGGACCCAGAGCAAAAGCACCAGGCAGCCCUGCUCUCCCGCCUCUUCCCCUUGCUGCAUCCUCCCCACUCCUUCUCCAGCCUUAGCAGCUUUCCCUCCGGGAAGGGAAAUGAGGCCAGGUACUAAAAAUGUGCUGCUUGCAGCUUGUGCGCUAGUGGAAGAAGCUACUACCACCUCCUUCCCCAAGUCUGGGAGGGGGGGUGACUCUGCCAAGACACCUGCCACAGAUUGCCCCCAUCCAUAAUCUCGGCCUCAGAAGGAGGCAGUAGUGGCCCUUCUGCCCCCACCAUUCUGCAGGCAUCUUUGUGAGCUCCCAUUCCCUAGCUUCCUGCCUCCUAGGGAGCUGGUCCAACACUCUAUACUGUGUCAUCUUGGGCAAGUCAUUCAUCACUCUGGGUUUCAGUUUCCUUGUCUGUGAAAUUGUCUUUGGAUGAUCUCUAAGGACCCUUUCAAGCUCAAGAAAUCUGUGCCUGAGCUGCCUUGCCUCAGUUUCCUCAUCUCAGAAGCCAAGGGCUCCACCUGCUUCUUCCAGUUUCAUUACUGAGCCUCAGCUGGGGGCCCCUAUUCAGUGCUGCCUCUUCCUCCUCCUUCUGCCUGGAUGCCCCCAGCUGCUCCAGCCUUGCUCCUCUGACUCCCCUAGCCCUUGACCUAGGCCUGCCCCACAGUAUACAGGCCACCAGAUGGACUCCCAGGCCCCCUCCCCCAGAGACAAAAAACUGUCGUCUGUCAUGUACCGUCUGAAGACACCUGGGCUCUGUGCCUCACUGGGGAGGGCUAUGAGUCUCUUCGCUGGGCCUCAGUUUCCUCUCCAGUGCCUAGGAUUUUACCAUUGUGAACUUAAUGGCUACCAGAAAACCAGGACACAAGACAUUGCUUUGUGACAUAUUCGGGACCCUCCAGCUUCUCUCCCCACAGCACGAAGACCCAUCUGGAAGUCAACAUGGCGGUGCCUGUAACAGCCGGCAUUGGGCAAAUAAAGGCCUUCAUGCCUGUCUUUUUUUUCUUUA